UUUGAAUGUCGUUGUGGAUCAAGUUGCGUCGCAUGUUUUUUCUUCAUUCGUGACUGAUGUAAGACUUUCUGAAAGAAUCGUAUACCCGUGGUUGUCAGGCGCUCGGGAAUGCGAAAUAAGGUGUCCCGUUCGUUUAAAGCAUCGCUGUCCGGGGAAUAUUUUGCAAAACUCCCCGGGAAGAAACGCGCUGAGGUAUUUUGUCUCCGGGAUAGCGUUGUUUACAACAACUAGCUCGCGAAGCGGAGAUGGACCUGCAUAUUCUAGAUCAUAGGCUGAAAGUGACUAGCAUCUGCAAAGACGGGUUGGUGAAUUUCACCCACCCGCUAAUCAAACUCAUAUUUCUCCGGAACAGGACGAGAUGCAAGUUCUUCAGUCUGACGGAGACACCAGAGAAUUACACAGUAGUGCUUGAUGAGGAGGGGUUUAAAGAGCUCCCAUCCUCUGAAUACCUGCAGGUGGAGGGUUCCACCUGGCUACCCCUCAACGUGGUGUCCAAUGGGCACGCCUCCAGCAGCUCCCAGGCUGUGGGAGUCACUAAGAUUGCCAAGUCUGUCAUCGCCCCGCUGGCUGAGCAGCAUGUGUCCGUCUUCAUGCUGUCCACAUAUCAGACGGACUUCAUCCUGGUGCGGGAGAAGGACCUGUCCGUGGUCGUCCACACUCUGGAAGAGGAGUUCAACAUCUACAGGGAGGUGGGUGGAGAGUCAGUCCCUGUCCAUAGCCAGGAUGUGCACAACGGUCUCCAGAAGAACGGCAAGGAGGCCACCAAGCCCACUGUGCACCCGGUGCUGAGUCCACAAAACCAGUUCUGCGUCAUGAGUUUGGACCCAGACACCCUGCCAGCUAUAGCCACCACGCUCAUUGACGUGCUCUUCUAUUCCAGCAGUCCAAAAGAGGAAUCUCAGCUCAACCAGGACUUGGACUGUAUAAAGUUCUUCUCCUUCUCCCUGAUUGAUGGCUACAUUUCCCUUGUCAUGGACACUGAAGCACAGCGACAGUUCCCUGCUGACCUGCUGUUCACCAGCUCUUCGGGUGAACUGUGGAGGAUGGUGCGCAUUGGGGGACAGCCACUCGGAUUUGAUGAGUGUGGCAUCGUUGCUCAGAUCUCCCAGCCUCUGGCUGACAGUGACAUCUCUGCAUACUAUAUCAGCACUUUCAGCUUCGACCACGCUCUGGUUCCUGAAGAGGACAUUGCCAGUGUGAUCGACAUGUUACAGCAGCAGAGGCAGGAACCAGCAUGUUGACUGCAUCUGCUAUGCCCCCCUGCCCCCCUGCCCCCCAGUCUCUAGCUGGGCAGGGGCCAAAUGCAGUGGGAGCCACUACUUUUGUGCCUAGAAUUAACACUGCAGAGAGAGCAGUAUUAUCUUUCACUGGUUGCCGUGACCACCAAAGCACUUCCAUUAAAGGUAUUGACCUGAAGAGCCUUUUUUUCUCAACGUGCAGUUGGUGGUUUGGAAGCACUGAACUUUUCCCUCUUGUUUUCUUUUUACUGCAGCACAGAAUACUUAUGUUUCAUGCCUGAGUCUUCCAUUCUUGCAAUAUCAGACCCUAUAGGGUGGAAAGCCCUCCUUUGGCUCAUGUGGUCAAAACGCCAAGUGAGCCGCCGAGCAGCUGCAAAACUCUGGCACCCAGGAGUUCACUGGAAUUGUGGGAACUGUACCCUCAGUUAUUCUGUUAAUUUUGUGUUCCAUGGCUGAAUUAUAUCUGAAAUAAAGCCUGUUACUGAAGUGUCCAGUUCGAGGGGACUGUAAACCCUCAUAAAAGAGUGAAUAGGUAAACAAAAAAGGUCAUAUUUUUUGAAAUGUUGUUGACUCCUGUGACAUCAUUCCUUUUAGGGACUUGCAUAAGGGUACAACACAGUUUACUCUGUGACAUAUUAAUAGUUUACUAAUUCAUUUUCCAUGCAAAAUAGAAUGGAAUAGAUGAAAAGCAGUUUAGACAGCCUCAGCCU